UGAUCACUUUUAAAAACACAGACAGAAUGGAUGACUGCAGUUAAUUCUCACCCUGAUGUCUCUAUUCCUGGUGUCAAACUACUGUACCUGACUUGGGAAAUGUGAUCAAGAGUUUGCUGUCAAUCUAUACCAGUUCACCGUUGGUUUAAAUUCAAAAAUAGAGGACAGGCUGCUUCUUACUGUGGCGAGUAAUAAAGUACAAGGAUCAGCAGAGAACAAAUGUACUAGAUGCAGUUUAGCCUGUGAACUUUAAUCCAGUCAAGAUGAGUUUCCUUUACUCCUAAAAAGUCUAUUUGUCCUCUCCAUGCAGCACUGAGCCUGUGGUUAAUUCUCACCCUGUCUGCUUUGGUUUGGCUGUCUAACUAGUGUACUUGACAGGAGGCCAGAAAUACAACCAGGCCUGCGUGGAUGUGAACUGGGACAUAAGGAGCAGCUGAACAGCAUGGUGUUGGGUUACAAAGGAGGUAUAUUAAUAGGGGGAUAAAUGUAGAAUAACACACCAAUGAUAUAGCGUAUGACUUCACUGGUCUCAUUUUAAACUUCAUUUUUAAUCAGCCAGGUUUAAGCUCUGUUGGCAGGUGCACCAACUACUAGAGCUACAACUAGUGAUGAUUAGCAUUUCAUCGUUAGUUUUGAUCAAUAAAGUAGAAUCGGAAAUUCUGCCAAUUUCCGUUUUCAGUCAAUUUUCAUAUUGUAUUUCAUAUGGUAUUUUUAAUUAGAAAUUUGCAGUUCUAAAAAAAAAAAGUUGUCAUCGAGUGAUUUUCUGUUGGUCAGUUUAUCGAUUAAUAGAGAAACAGAACUCCAAGAUGAGAGACGAUCCCUAAAAUGCCAUUUGAGGUCCUCGUGUUUAAUACUGACUUCAUAUUUUUUGUAUUAACACUGAAUCAAAUGACUAUUACACUGCUGAACCUAAGAAUUAUCAUCCAACUCUGUAGCCAUACUUUGUUUUUUAGCCUCAUUUAACUAACUGUUUUGGUAUUAUGGCACAUUUACUGUAUGGUUAGUCGUAGCCCUAGUUUGUACCUCUCAUGUAUUACCAUUACAUUCACAGAGCUAAGCUCCAAUUUUGAAAAAUAAAUAUCCAGCAAUCUUUCAAAAGCCUACAGGGUUGUUUAACAACACGUCCUGCUGUUCUGAAGCAUUUCAGAUUUCCUGUUUCCCAAGUUGCGACUCUAUUUCCUAAUCCAAACAAAGGUGGCCAUAAUUUGGUUAAUGCAGCUUGAAUUUUGUAAAUACUGUAUAGUGUUCUUUUAUGCAAUUCUAAUUUUGAAAAAAUGGUUUACUUAAAAUCUGAUAAAAAUGCAAAUAAAUUGUGGUGAGUUCAUUUGGAGGGAGGUGGGGGACAAGGAAGGUGGGGCCCCCUGAAUCCUACCCUGUAGCUACAUCCCUGUUCACACAUGUAAUACAUUUUCUCUCAGAGGUGGAGAGAAGCAUGAAAAUCAGUAACAUUCACAUGUGAAGGGUGGUGGUAAUCAGUUAUCCGCUGGGUUACCUCCUGCUGGCUCACAUGUCCAGCCUCCCUCUCAGAUUCACGGGGUCGGGGUGUCUGUCUCUCGGCUCCUGGUCCAGAAUAGAUCUGUCGCCAACUUAUAGACCCGUCGUUAACAGCAGCACUGCGGUCACAGCUCACUGACCCCCGUCUGCUGCCGUUUGUCUCAACUGAUCCGUCGUUUUCGUUCAGGAGUCUGUAAAUGUAGGACUCAUCUACCAGCGGAGUCAAAUGCCUGAACCGGAAUGGAUGAACUUGGUGAAAUGUGGGUUUGGGAUGUACGAGAAACGCUCUCUGCUGUGCAGCUCCUGUUCGGUGAAUUACUAUGAUUACUGCGAGCUGUCGGCCAGCUGCGACUGCUGCAGCCAGUCAACAGGGAUAUUUGGUCAGCGUUUAGAGGACACAGUGCAGUACGAGAAGAAGUUUGGCCCCCGGCUGGCCCCCCUGCUGGUGGAGCAGUGUGUGGACUUCAUCAGGGAGAGGGGUUUGGACGAGGAGGGUCUCUUUCGGAUGCCAGGACAGGCCAACCUGGUCAAAGAGCUGCAGGAGGCCUUCGACUGCGGAGACAAGCCUCUGUUUGACAGUAAUACAGACAUCCACACGGUGGCAUCCUUGCUAAAGUUGUACCUGCGAGAGCUGCCUGAACCAGUCAUUCCCUUCUCCAAAUAUGAAGACUUUCUAACCUGUGCACAGCUUUUGGCCAAAGAUGAGGAAGAGGGUGUACAGGAGCUUGGAAAUCAAGUUAGCACUCUACCUCUACCUAACUACAAUCUCCUCAAGUACAUAUGCAAAUUCCUUGAUGAGGUCCAGUCCCACUGUACUGAGAACAAGAUGAGUGUCCAGAACCUCGCCACAGUAUUUGGACCAAAUAUCCUUCGACCCAAGAUGGAGGACCCAGUCACUAUCAUGGAAGGCACCUCUCUGGUCCAGCACCUGAUGACAAUCCUCAUUAGGGAACACAACCGUUUGUACUCAGGGAGUGGCCAGGAGGGACCCAUUGUACCCCAAACAGAGCUCCCCGUCCAGGGGCAUCAGCUCCAGCAUCGCAGCCUGGGAGCCUGGAUCUCAGAGGAAGACCUCCAGAGCUGCCCAGUCUCUAACCCCGACCAAGAGCUGCACAGCAGCGCCUCAUCUCUGGAUGCCAAACUGUGUGCAGCUGUCACUCCCACCCAGACCCCUAACCUGAACCCUGGACAGAAACUGGGGUCUCCAUCGGGGAAAGGAGAGAUGGUGGUCAGCCCCAGUAAACAAGCCAAGGCCGUUCCUUCCUGGAAAUACACUUUCAAAAGCUCCUCGGCGCCUCGUUCCCAGCCGCAAGCCAAGCAAAGCAGCAGCGGCAGCUCCGUGGCGGAUAUCACUAGUGUAUCAUCUGGUGGGGGAGGUGGUGGUGGAGGUAACUGGCUCAUGAACGGUUUGUCCUCCUUGAGGGGACACCGGCGCACGUCAUCAGGUGAGCGGUCUGCCCGUGAUCGCGACUCCACCGGCUCCUCACAGAGACUGUCCACCUACGACAACGUCACCUCUUCUUCUAGCAUGGGGAGCGUUCCAAGUGUAGUCAGCACACCUUGGUCCACUUCCUCCUGCGAAAUCUCCGGCCCUGACUCGGGAAGUGAGCCCUCAGCGAGCCAGAACUGUGGAGUAGGGGGCGAAAGUGGGGAAAAAGGGGAGUGGAUGGAGAGCCAAAGGGAGAUUGACAGAGGAAGGGACGGAGGGAUGACGACAGACCCGAGCUCUGAGCAGGACAGUUGUGAGGCCAUGGAGCUGUGCAGUAGCAGCGCAGCCUGCAGCGAGAAUGGAAACAUGGCCAUGGCGGCCGUGGUGCCAUCCAUUAUCAUGUCCGAGGAUGGAGACGGGACAAAUGUAACACUGAGCAGUCUGGUGGAAGGACUGAAGGACGAGUUGAGGAAACAGAAGACUGCAUACGAGUCCAGGAUCCAAAAACUGGAGGAGUCCAGUGCUGCUCUGUGUGCGCAGAUGGAGCGUUUGGAACAAGAGAUGGAGCAGGAAAGGAAGAAGCAACGCAUGCUGGAGAUCAAACUACGAAACUCCGAGCGGGCACGGGAGGAUGCAGAGAACCGCAACCGGCUUCUGGAGAAGGAGAUGGAGGAUUUCUUUUCCACACUGGGAGAUCUGGCCCUGGGUGCAAGGACUAGUGACAUUUGAUACGGCAAAGCCACCCAUCUGUCUGUGGCCAAAACUGUCAGGGUUUAUAUUUCGGGGGUUGGGUGUUUUCAAGGGCUCACGUCCUCCUCGGUGCAUCAGGGCGUUCCUUCAGAAGAAGAAUAAAAUGAUAAAGGAACCGGCCAUAUUUGUGUACAUUCAGGACAAACUCAAAGGAAAUAUGGAGAUGACAGAGGAAAUUCUGAAGGACGCAAAUAUCAAAUUGGGACUGACUAUGUGGUCCUUGUCAGAAUCAUCUCCACAGAGCACCGAGUGGUUUUGACUUUCUUACGCAUGCUUGAAAUGGAACGUUAAGAUAAGAGGACAGCGCUGUUCUGAUUACACUGGACAAUAAGUCCAGGGUUUGUCUUGUGAAGGCAGUAUUUUAACAGUUCAGGUGCCUGCUUGUGACUGGUAGAACAUAAUGUAAUUUCUCUGACAUUCUCUAUACUGGAGAGCACUGACUUCUUCAACCACUACUUUACAUUGCGUGAAUGGAUUUCACGCUGCAACUGAAAGACUCAUUAGAGACGUUAAUGUUGAAUGCAGACAGCUGAUAUUUGUCUUUAUCUGAUAUUUAUCUUUAAGGAAUUGUGCAACAUUUUGGGAAAUACACUUAUUUGCUUUCUUGCCAAGAGUUAGAUGAGAAGUUUGAUACUACUCUCAUGUCUGUAGGAUACAUAUGAAGCUACAGCUAGCAGCCAGUUAGCCUAGCUUAACUUAGAGACAGAAAACAGGGUGAAAGGGUUAGCCUAGCGCUGACAUCAAAGUAAAAAAAAAAUAUGCUUACCAACAUCUCCAAAGCUAACUAAUUAACAUGUUAUAUUUUGUUUGCAUAAUUCUUACAAAACAAAGUGUAAAAACUACAAGCUGUGGUUUUUACGGGAGUUCUGGUCUUUAUGCCAGGCUAAGCUAACCUGCUCCUGGCUUUAGCUUUAUAUUUAGCAGAUUUUUUAUUUUAUUUUGGGCAGCGCUAGGCUAACUCUUCCAAUUGGUUUCUAUCAUAUCUUAAGCUAGGCUAACCGACUGCUUGCUAUAUCUUAUCCUACAGAUAUAAGAGUGGUACCAAUCUUCUCAUCUAACUCUCGGCAAAUAAAAGUAUUUCCCAAAAUGUCAAGCUAUUCCUUUAACUGUAGGGUCAGUUCAACCAAAUAAAAAAAAAAACAUAUUUUCUUACUUGCCUGUAGUGGUAGCUAGCUAUGCAAAUUGCUUUUUAUUGGGCCAGGUUUUGAAGUUACGAAAGAGUUCUGUGAAAUUUUCCAGAGUAACAGGUUUACUUUUUCUGAAAGGAGAUGUUGCAGAAUUCCAAAUCUUUUUUUUUUUUUUUUUUUUUUUUUUUUAAAUGUAGUUUUUAAUGCUAUGGGCACCAGAAACAAAAUUCAAAUCACCUCGAUUUUGUUAGGUCUCUGGCCGAAAUCUCAUAGAGGGAUAUCUCAAAACCAAUAAAACCAAAAAUUAUUUGGCUAGAAAACACUAGGGGUAAUCUAGAAAAUAUGUAUUUUUUUUUUGUAAUCUGAGUGAACUGACUGUUAAACUGUACAGUGGUAACAUUAGCAGACGUUCCUCCACUUGCAUUUAUCCUCCUAUCCUGUAUUUGUACUGAAGACAUUUUUUUCUGGAUGUUUUACUGUAGAAACAAAUGUGUAUAUCGUAACACAAAAGCAGGUUUAGAAAACUUUUCUAAAAUUUUUCUUUUUUGAUUUUCCAAACAGUUACUUUUGGAGCAAACCUGAAGCAGUAAUAGGUGGAACCUCUGCAAUAGCUGCCUCUGUACUUUCCUUUUCCUCAGGCCCUUUCAGUGCCUCUCAUCACCAUCUACAUGGUUUCCAUUUGAUGGCAAAGCCUCAGUCUUCGGUUCACUCCGAUCUUCGCAGAUGUCAAUAUACCUUUAAUGUACAGAUAAUACAACAGAACAAUUAUUCAAGCAUUUACAACUUAGCGCAUGCUGCCUAGGACACAGGACAUGUGGCUCAGUAGGUGAAGGCCAUUUACAGUACACAGUAAAUACCAAAGCUGGACCGCCUCAGCUGUUCGCUCACUAAAGAUCAGAUUGGCCUGCCUGGAAGCCAUGUUGAUUUUGGCACAUGAAGCUGAACACUGCCCUCAAAGAAACAAUGGAAUUUCCUGGUUGUGCCUUCAGGGAAGUGUUUUUAAAUAGGAAAAAUGUAGUGUUGCUUGCUUGUCCAGAGAUGUAGUGCAUAUAUUCGCGUAUAGUACACACAGUGGCUGCAUUGUUGGUUGUUUUUUUUUUGUUGUUUUUUUCAUAUGGCAACAAACUGCUGAAGAGGAAUAACUUGAUCUCCCUAGAAGGUGCCAAUUCUUGUGAAAGUGAAUUGUGAAUUGAAUGGAAGUUCUGAAUUAAGAAUGCAUCCUUGUAGUGAAUGUAAUGUGUUGUUGAUGAAACCAGCCCUAUGAAAAAAAUGUAAACGACUACCAGAGGGGGGGAAAAAAUGUAUAAUCAUUGGUGUUCAGUUCAUCCAGUUCUGCAACCCACAUUUUGAUCCCAAUCGUCUUACUUUGACUUCAGCUCUUGGUAAUGCUGGACAUGUGAUGUAUUAUGGGAUGCGUCAUGGGACUUGUUUCUUUAAGGGCCCGACAAACAGUAUAAUUACAAGUGAAAGUGUGCUUUUGGUUAGACAAUGUGACUCUUUUUUUAUGUUUUAUAAAGAAACAUAAAGCCAAUGUUUUUACAUUACGCUCUUUAAUUCCACAGGUUUACAAGGUAAUUGUCCUUUAAGGCUUUUUGACUACCACUACCACAGUUCACAAUAUGAUGGUAUAAAUCUAUUGCAGGUUCUCUGAUUCCAACAGUGACAUUUACUUCCCUUUAUGUAUGUCUCAUGACUAAGGCUAAAUGUUUCUUAUUGCUCUGCUGAUCAUCUAUGGUGCUUAUUUAUUAUGGAUUUCCACUAUUGUAAUGAAUGGACAUGUAUGGGAAUAAAGGUGACAAAGAUCAUCUGUAA